AUGCACCCUAAUAAAGCACCAGGAACGGAUGGUAUGUCUCCUCUAUUUUUUCAACACUAUUGGGAUAUUAUCAAGAUUGAUGUGGUAGCAGCUAUUAAGAGUUUCUUUCAUACUGGGCAUUUGCUCAAAGCUGUGAAUGAUACUAUUAUUUCGUUGAUUCCAAAAGUUGAUUCUCCUGAAUCUGUGGUGCAUUUUAGACCUAUUAGCUUGUGUAAUGUCCUGUAUAAAAUUAUUUCUAAAAUUAUAGCUAAUAGAUUGAAAGGGGUCUUGCAUCAUUGUAUUAGUCCCUCUCAGUCCGCUUUUAUCCCAGGCCGUCAAAUCCUUGAUAAUGUAGUAGUUGCACAUGAAAUCCUGCAUUUUUUGAAAAAUAGGAGAAAGGGAAGGGUAGCAUUUAUGGCUCUUAAACUGGACAUGUCCAAAGCUUACGAUAGAGUCGAAUGGAAAUUUGUGGGGAGAGUUAUGAUGAAAAUGGGGUUUUGUCCAAUUUUUGUAAGAUGGAUCAUGUCUUGCCUAUCUACUGUGACUUACUCCUUCAACUUAAAUGGGCAAAAGGUAGGCUGUGUUCAACCGAGUAGAGGGCUUAGGCAAGGAGACCCUCUAUCACCGUAUUUGUUUAUUAUAUGCGCUGAAGGUCUUUCAUGUUUGAUCGACAAAGCUAUGAUGAACAAGGAAAUAACAGGGAUCAAAAUAUGCAAGGAUAGUCCGAUGGUUUCUCACCUCUUUUUUGCAGAUGAUUCUCUACUAUGCUGCCAAGCAACCAAGCAGGAGGCGAGGAAGGUCAAAAGCAUCUUGGAAAGAUAUGGUCAAGCAUCCGGACAGGUGGUAAAUUUUGAAAAGUCAGCUAUCUUCUAUAGCAAAAAUACCACUGAUCAAAGGAAGAAUGGAGUGAGGGAGGAAUUAGAUAACAUCAAAGAGGCAAGGAACGGAACCUAUCUGGGACUCCCAAUGGCAAUUGGAAGAUCAAAGACACAGGUCUUUGCAUUUGUCCAGAACAAAAUCAGUAACAAGUUGCAAGAUUGGAAACAAAAACUUUUGAGUCAAGGAGGGAAAGAAAUUCUGGUCAAAUCAGUGAUUAUGGCUAUGCCAACAUAUGUGAUGGCUUGCUUUAGACUUCCAAGGGGUUUGUGUAGACAAAUCACAGGUAAAAUAGCGAGAUUCUGGUGGAGAAAGGGAGAAAAGGGCUCCUGCGUACAUUGGGCAAGCUGGAAGAAGCUUUCAGAAGUUAAGGGAAGAGGAGGUUUAGGUUUUAGAGACUUGGAGGCCUUCAACACUGCCUUAUUGGCAAAACAAAUUUGGAGAUUCUUAAUGGCUCCAAAUUUGUUAGUAAGUAAGGUAAUGAAGGCGAAGUAUAUGAGAGAUGAAAAAUGGAUGGACAAGAAUCCAGUCUCUUCAGCCUCAUGGUGUUGGAAGAGUAUUCAUAGUGCAGCCUCUUUUCUGUAUGAUGGUCUUUGGAAAAGAAUUGGAGAUGGUAGCGUGAAAUCUGGUUAUGCUGUUGCAAGGCAACAGGAAGGAAAAGCAGGUAGAAGGACAGGCCAAGAAGCAGAAACAAGUUGGGAGAUACGAAAGCGAAAUGUGUGGAAGCAGUUAUGGCAUUUGAAGGUGAAGGCCAAACUAAAACACUUCAUGUGGAAGUGCUUACAAAACUGUCUGCCAGUUAAUGAACAGCUAUCGAAAAGGCUACACAGAGGGGAAGGCAGAUGUGGUUGCUGUGGUGAAGACAUGGAAACCAUUGAGCAUUUGUUCUUCUUCUGUGACAAGGCUGUGGAAGCAUGGAAGCUAGCACCAGUCAGGUGGGAUGGAUUAAUGGGUAUGCAAUAUAACUUUUGGCUAUGGUGGGAACAAGUCACACAAUCGCUGGCACUGAAUCAAGGUCAGGAGAGAGUUAGUCUUACUAUUAAUAUCCUUUGGCAAAUUUGGAAAGCCAGGAACAAAAAUUUUUUUGAAAAAGUCAACCAGGAUCCAGUAAGAAUCGUAAGGAAAGCACAAGAUGAAUGGCUUGAGUUCGAACAGGUAAGGAAUACAGACCAGAUGGAGAGUACAGGGAAGAUGAAUGAUGCCUUACCUACCAGGAGGGUGCGGACAAGGAAGGAAGAGAUAAGGUUGUAUACUGAUGCUACGAUAUCAGCUAAACGAGUCAGGACUGGACAAGGGAUUAUAGCAAGGAAUUGGAAAGGACAGCUUUUGAAAGCAAAAGGAAUUGUCACACAGGGAAAGGGAUCGGCAAGUGAAGUGGAAGCUCGGGCUGUGAGAAAUGCUCUGCUGAUGGCUACCCAAGCAGGUUGGACAAAAAUUAUAGUCCAUACAGACUGCAAAUCAGUGGUUGAGCAUAUUACUAAACGCAAGGAGUUUGACUACACGACUGCAGCGAUCUUAGAAGAUGUGCAGGAACUUAGUCUUGCUUUUGAAAAAUGUUCCUUUGUGUUUAUACCCAGAACUGAAAAUCAAAUCAGCCAUCAAUUAGCACAAUAUGCUGUGAUGCUUGUACAUGACAUUGAAUGGGAGAAUGAUUUCCCAAUAUGGCUGACUGAAUUAGCUAGGACAGAGAUGAGGGUAGUAUCCCCUUUUUGUAACUAA